AAAAAAUAUUCAUGCCUUACGAGUCAAUUUCACGCAAUGUUUCCUGGGCGACAGAUCGCUCGAAAACAGGAGCUGAGGCGAAGAUCAGGGGGAGAGUGAAAUGUUUGGAAAGAGCGCGAUCGGAAGCUGAGAUCAGAGGCGGGCGAGGAAGGAGAAAGUUUCUUGUUGUUGGGUCGAGAGGCUGAUAAUGAGACAGCCCGCGGCUGUAGCAGCAGCAGCAGCAGCAGCAGCGAGAGGCUGCCCCGCCGAGCCCCAGCACUGAGCCCGCAGCAGCAGCAGCAGCGAGCAGCGAGAGGCUGCCCCGCCGAGCCCCAGCACUGAGCCCGCAGCAGCAGCAGCAGCAGCAGCAGCGAGUAGCAGAGACGCGGACACACUCACACACACAGAGGCAGAGAGACAGCGAGCGGCGCUACGAAUGAAUGAAGAAGGAGGUGCAGUGAUCGCGGCGUGAGCACGGGAUACAACACACACACACAGUGCGGGCAGGGCAGCAGCCCCCGCAGCCUCUGUCUGACAGCCCCUUCCACUCACAAUAAACUCGGCGCUGCUCACAGAUUAUGGCGGUGAAAACGCCUGCACAGGGCACCGGAGUCUUGCUGAUCACAGCCAACGUCGGCUCCCUGUUUGAAGAUCCGGAAAACCUACAGAAGAAUUGGCUUCGGGAAUUUUACCAGACUGUGCACAUACACAAGCCUCACUUUAUUGCAUUGCAUUGCCAAGAAGUUGGAGGGAAGAAUUAUGAAGCCUCGAUGUCCCACGUUGACAAGUUUGUGAAAGAACUGCUAUCAAGUGAUGAAAUGAUAGAGUAUAACAGAGCACGAGUGUACUUGGAUGAAAAUUAUAAAUCACAAGAACAUUUCACGGCUUUAGGAAAUCUUUACUUUCUUCAUGAGUCUUUGAAAAAUACCUAUCAAUUUGAUUUUAAAGCCAAAAAGUACAAAAAAGUAACGGGUAAAGAAAUCUACUCAGAAACAUUAGAAAGCACACCAAUGCUGGAAAAGGAAAAGUUUCCACAACAUUACUUCCCUGAGUGUAAGUGGUCCAGAAAAGGUUUCAUCAGAACACGAUGGAGUGUCACUGAUUGUGCCUUUGACUUGGUGAACAUUCAUCUUUUCCAUGAUGCUUCCAAUUUAAUUGCUUGGGAAACAAGCCCAUCUGUCUACUCAGGCACCCGACAGAAAGCUCUCACUUAUGUGCUCGAUAGGAUCACGGACCAACGAUACGAGAAGGUGCCGCACUUCCUCUUUGGCGAUUUUAACUUCAGGUUGGAUUCGAAAGGUGUUAUAGAGACACUCUGUGCAUCAGCAACAAUGCAAACUAUUCGAGCGGCAGACACCAACCAAAUAAACAAGCUAAUUUUCUGUGAAUCAAUGAACGAUCGGAAGGUUAUGCUUCAACUAGAAAAGAAGCUUUUUGAUUAUUUUAACCAAGAUGUAUUUCGGCAAAACAAUGGCGUUGAGCUUUUAGAAUUUGACAGGGAGUUUUCGGUAUUUAAAGACAAGUUGAGUGAACAAGAGAUUGCAUUUCCACCCAGCUAUCCGUACAGUGAGGACUCAAAUCAGGGAAAGCAAUACAUGAAUACAAGGUGUCCCUCAUGGUGUGAUCGGAUUCUUUUGUCACAUUUGGCAUGGGAUCUUAUUCAUAAGGCUGAAAAUGAUGAGAAGUCAGUUAUCUAUGACACCAUUGGACCAAAUGUUUGCAUGGGGGACCACAAGCCUGUCUUCCUGUUCUUUCGAAUAGCUGCAGGGGCAGGUAAACCUAAUAGAAAUAUGCCCAACUGUUGUGUGGUGCAGUGAUGUGGUGGUAAAAAGUAUCAAAGAAAUGAGAAAAUCUUUCGAGAAACUACCCUCUAGUCUGCCUGCAGCAAACAAAUGAAAGUGGACAAGCAGGGAAAUCGGAACACUCACAGACAUCUUUGUAAUUCAACCAAUGUUGAUAUUGUAUUUUUUGGGCCUUCACCUCAGACUGUUCAUCAUCCAUUCUGCUUUGACACCUGCAGUCUGUUCAAGACGACCACACAUACCUCACCAUUUCGUACAUUCCUGUGACACUUGAAUUAAAUGUGGGACAAUUUUAAAAUGUGUCACAGAUUUGUUGCCAAACGCUAAAGUAGAAUUUACUACACCUUUUAAAUAUCUCACAUUUAUAAUGUUUAGCAGAAAACAUUGUCCGUCUUUUAACAAAAGAAGCGGUUUCCUUAUGUAUAAAAUGUAUGAAGUGCAAUGCGAAAAUUGUAUAUCUAUAUUGUACUAGAGAGGUUUUUGUACAUUCAAUUGUAUAGGUAGUGGAAUUCCUUUCAGUAAUGGUUUUAUCGAGAUUUCUCUCACCAUUUCAUGUCUGUGUUAGGCUAGUUAGGUUUUUUUUUGUUUUGAUGAUCCCUUAUUCUAUAUAUUGCCAUAUUAUCUUGUUUUGAAUCACAGUUUAGCUGCUCUUCAGGUUUACAUCCACUUAAAAAAGAAAACCAACUUAUAACAUCCUUCCAACAUUGCAUGUCCUUUUGUAAAGAUAGGCUGCUUGUCAUCUGAUACACCAACUAUUAAUUAUUGAUAACAAAUCCAACAUGUCCAUAUCCAUUAGCCAAUAUCAAUCCAUAAAUUCUCGACCAAAUUAUACUUUAGAUAAGACUAUGCCAUUGUUGAUAAAGUAAUCUGAUUUCCUAUAACCACACAAAAAUAACAGCCUGUCUGUGUUAAGUUCUACUGUUCUAAUUUAUUCCAAAAUAAUGCCAAGUUUUCGUGAAAUUUCGUAGGAUGGAAAUCAUGAGACUUUUUGUAAACUAUUUGUCUAUUUUUGUUACUGCAUACGGUGGACUAUCUAUGGACAGCGUUUAGAUGGGAAUAUUUCCUUCUGCUAAUAGCUUGCUACAUGUGCUUCAAUGGAUUGUAUAUAAGCCCCUUGAAACCUAAAUUUGCAAAAUUCGUAAUCUACCGCCAAUAUUUAAUCUCCAGCGCUAAUAUUGCAAAUUUUACACGCUGCUUUCUUUACAGCAUUAAAAGAUGAUUAGGUCCAGAGAUGGGAAACACAGCCAAUAGCGAGCCGUUCCUUCUAUCGAUUUAAUUUAGUACACUACAAAGUUCACAAGCUACUUGAUGGCAGUGGAUUGAUGCGUGUUUUCGUAUAAAUCACUACGAUUGGAAAUGAUUUUGUGUCUGCCGGCAAAAUUAAUGCGCCCGUGACCAUGAGAUUAUUCUCGUUUGUGGACAAAGUGUAAACAAAAAACAGUGUGCAGCCAAGCUGUACCAAGGUGCCCAUGUAUCGAUAGCCACCCAACUGUAAACUAUUUUAUUAAAUCAAAGAUUCAAUUUAUGUGACGUUUAUGGGCUAUAGAAAUAAAUUUCUUUGUUUCUCAAACAA